CUCAGUUCUUUGCAGUUGGAUGGACUAAGACAUUUGACGAUCGUUCAAAGCGGAUAGAGAGAUAGAGAAAGAUAGCAGAACAAACCAAAACCAAAACAAAGCAAGAAAGUACUCCAAAACAGAUUGUCUCGUUUGCACCKAGAAACUUUGCUCUGCUCCGAUCGACCCGGCUGAAACCGACUUUGCUGCACUCCCAUCGACUUCAUCGAGAAUGGCGAAGGGUUCUGUUGGUCGUCGAAGGACGUGCCUCGAAAAAAAUUUCAUCGUGAUAGCGGCAUUGACCRCGGGGUUCGUCCUUGUGCACCCCAGGCCCGUGGAUGCGACCCUWCUCGGUGAAACCGCAGGCAUCGGGGACACGCCCGACCCCACAGAURUCAAACAUCGCUUUCUGCGCGAGGACAACGACUUUUACCAAAGCGAGGACGAGGACGAUGAUUACGAAGACGAAGACGAAGAAGAUGAAUACAAAGACGACGACCCUUAUCGUCACACCGAAGCUCCCACGCCCGAUCCUAUCUGGAAGGAUCUCGAUGACUACGAGUGGAUGUUUGAAAAUUACCACGGCGAUUACGGGCUGAACAACGUUAUCUUUGCGGACGACUUUGAAAAUAGAGACACCGAGUUGUUGUCUUCCUACAAUGUCGACGCGCUUUCCUACCGCCCGCGCAACUCGGUUGUGUUGAACAUUUCCGCGGGGGUCGUCCACUACGAGCUCCUCACCCACAUCGAAAAAAAUCGCAUGACGCGAAGGCUUCUCAAAACGAUGAGCGUGGUACUGAACAAAUACGAGACCGAGACCGGACUCGGCCUUCCGGUUGUGGUCACCGACCGCGACUUUCUUGGCAAGGAACCAAUCGAGCGCGAAACAGAGCACCGAGACUCCGUCGGGAACAAGGGCAGCCUGGGCGGCAUCAACAUAACACAUUACAUCCCCAAAGUAAGCGAUCGCCACUUAGUGAAGAUGGUACUGCACAAUAUCACGGUUCAUACCUACGAUUGGUUAGAGAUGACGGUCAUUUAUACGGUGCAAAGAAAGCGAAGAAAAGAUAUCGUUGAGUUGCCUGAAGAAGACAAUGACACCGGAGAAGAAGAUUCCCCAUCUAAMAUCAGAGCAUACAUGUCAAAUUUCAAUAAACCAGUCAACAGGAGAAAAAUUCGGACCAAGAUCGAACACAUUUGUCAAUACGCAUUGGAAGAUUCCAUUGAUACCGGCCUCUUCUGGGACACCUUGGGGAUGGUAUUUAGUCGGGGUCACAAGAGCAUGCAUCUGAUCUUGGGGAAAACGCCUUAUAUGCCCUACGCCAAGGGUAUAGGUGCGGUUAGAGCUCCCGGGCAUGAAUACAGCCUAAAACAGCAUUAUUGUCCCGAUCAAAUACCGGUCGACUGCGGGCAUUGUUGCCCGCCACCAAUGGUGUCGGGCGAUGUCCCAGCAUGGGUAGACCCAAACAACGAGAACCAGCAAUCKAUGGAGAGCAACUACCAGCAUCCCAACGGAACCUACGUCUAUCCCAUAGCCGACUCGCCUCUGGAAGUYGAGUGGUCGAUCCGCGAGUGGGUCGGUCUCGGGAUSAUGAGCUUCACGACCGUGUUGGUUGUGGUGCUCUCGCUUGUGGCCCAUUUCRUGUCCGAGCGCCGCAACARCCAGCGGCUCUGGGGCGCGGCCCUUACCAGCGAGGGUGUCGAAGAGAUGUUGCAGGUGGGGUGGCGGUUCCGCCAGGGACCACCGACGGCCGGCGACGAUCCGCGCACGCAGCAGCAACAGGAGUUGCAGCGCGAGUUUUAUCUGCAGGUCUUUGACAAGGGCCGCGGCCCGGGGUACAACGACGAGAACUCCCUCCUCAAGGGUGGCAUCGAGAGGGAGCGGAAUGGGGCGAGAGGGGGAACCCCUGUUUCCACGACGGCACCCACCUCCUCCGCCAACACAAACCACCAGCGGCACGACUUUGCCGGCUGCGACGUGCCCCCGAGGUCCUACGGCGGACCGCAGCAAGCGACACCGAAGAAACCAACUUCGUAACACAUCACAUCACGGCAAUGCAAUGCAAUGUAAUUGGAUGCACAGACGGUUUCACGCGCCCAACGAUUGGGAACGUCUCCUCUAUGAGUGCUUCGGGCUUGCUUAUUGUUGCUUCUUCUUGGUCGACUCCAGCACRAGCWYAAGUGGAGACAUACGUACAGAUCCGGUUUCAUCCCUGGAAACAUACGUACAGAUCCGGUUGCAUCCCGAWCGCUUUGGGUGGAUCAGAGGUGGGCUUGCACCGUGGUGUGUAUGCAUUGCACCACACCGCCUGGUGGAUCGGAACGUUGGUACCGAUGCAGGUAUACGGAAUGUGUUCCGAUCSGGAGUUGUGGUGGUCGGGACGCACCCACAAUCCACGACGCGGGGGGGRAAAGGAUUCGGGUGUUCCAAGAGGCUCGACCACGAACAGAGUGUAACGAAUCGCACGAAUUGUAUGACUGGGUGGAGCAACCAACAGACACGAAACAAUUCGGUGUGCAAGAUCCCAUCCUCUCUUGGAGCUAACGAUGAAGACAACAACAACAAUAAUAUAUUUAUCAUAACACCUCCUGUGCUUUUCCGAAAAGCCUCGAUGGUUAAGAUGUAUUCUGUAGCAAGGAAAUCAAGUUGUCUACCACUA